CCAAUUUUGUAGACUUCAGGACAUGCUGAGUCAUUGACCCAGCAACCACCAUCAACAUGGUCCGCACUCGGCAUCCAGUUCCCUAAAAUCUCUGCUUCUCUCCGUCGUUCCGUCGCAUCGGUUUCUCCUCUUUGAGUUGUUUUGCUGAAAAACAAAUCAUGGGUUUUCUUCACAAGCUCUGGGACGAAACUCUUGCCGGCCCCACACCCGACACCGGCCUCAGCAGACUCCGCAAGUACCAUUCCUCUCGCCCAACCGUCUCUCCGAUCAUCACCAUUCUCCGCCGCAGCUCCGAUUUCCGAGGCUUCUCCUCCGAUUCGGGCCUUUUGACCUCGAAAACGCCAAGAGAGGAUUUCGAGAAAUUCUCGAGGGGAAAAUCUCCGGUUCAGUCGCCGGUUGUGACUACGACUCCGACUGAGUUUUAUUGGGUAAUGAUAAGUGCUCUGGAUCGUUGAGAGAGAUAGAUGGAUAGAGGAUGUGAAAUAUUUUGCUCUGAAGAAUAUUAUUCAGCUGAGGCAUCCUUUUCACGCGUCUAUUUGUGUAUAGGUAGAUAGAGAGACACAUACAAACAUAAAAAUACAACAUUCAGUUAUCAAUAAGAUGGGUCAGAUCAGAUGCAGAUUAGUACUUGCAGGAAAAGUCAGGGCUUAACGAGAUUCUAAAAAUUGAGAAGAGGAAGAAAGCAGACUUGCUGAAUUUGACCACUUAUUUUUCUUUAGUUUCUCUGUUUGUACACAUGAAUGUUUUUUUUUUUAGAACUUAUUUUGCUUCUUCUUUUUUUUCCCAUUCUGUACUGGGUUUUGCUUUUGUAAAUACGAAUGGAUUACUUGUUUAAUGAUAGAUAUCAUGAACUUCAUAAUGCAA